AUGGCCGGACAGCCGCGUGGCGACAGAGGCGGUGAACGUAGAAGAAGGCAGGUGUUUUACACACACCAAGAUUACGCUAUAGAUCAAGCUAAUCGGCUUUUUGGGUUUACGUUGCCGCGUGAGGAUUUUCGCGUGUUGGAGGGUGGCGGCCAUCAGCGCCACUUGGACGGCAUCCGCGAUAUCUACGACAGCUACGCUGCGGAUUGGAACCGUCUCUGCCAGGUGCUCCCAGCCCUUGCGGCCGUCGUGCCGGUCAGCAAGGGCGGGGCCAAAGGCGCAGGAAAGGGAAAAGGCAAAGGCAAGGCAAAGCCACAGCCGACUUCGCCAGCAACACCUGCGUCUGGGUCAAGGGACACCGCUGGGACCCCGGCUCGCAUCGAGGCGACCCCGCUCACUGGAGCCGGCGGAGCAGCAUCUUCAACUGGAGUUGGGCCGGCGGUGGCCGCGCCCAAGGUUGAAGGGGCCGCGCCACCGGCGGCAGCAGCAAAGGCCGAAGGAGCGGCACCAGCAGCAGGAGAGGCAGCGACUACAGAAGAAGCGCCUGCAUCUCGAGAGGCCGCCGCACCCGAGGCCACAGCUGAAGAAGAAGCCGCUGAGCCGGUUACUGCGUCGGACGUGCUGCCAAAGGAGGAGCCACAGCUGGGAGGCGACGACGACCAAGGGCCAGUCACCGACGCCCACGACCAAGGCGACCCAGGAUCCGAGGAGCCUGUGGUUGCCGAGGUCGCGGGUGUUAAGGAGGAAGCGCCCGACGACACUGACGCAGGGGCCGCUGAGGACCUUGAAGUCAGUGGCGUCGCCCACGCUGAGGGAGAAGAGGAGGAGCCGGUGGUUGAGGAGUGUGAAGUGGACGAGCCUGUACAUAGUUCGCCGCCAGCGCUAGUUGUACAUAGCCCUGCUUCACCUAACCUUUCCGAGCGUGCUUUCUCUGAGCCACCCGAGCGCCCAGUGCCUGAGGGGCGGCUGCGAGUAAGGCCUAGGAUUUUAAAGCCACCGACUAACCUCCCUCCUGGUAGCUACCCAACGGUAAGAGUAGAUCGCCAAGGCAUCUGGAUACUGGUAAGCCCCGCCCAAGCACCUGAAAUAGGCACUAGGGACGCAGAGGUGCUCCCGGACGCCGCGCCCGAAAGCACAACCGCAGGGGCUGCAACUGAGGAGGUCGAUCCCUACGAUCUUCCUCAGGCUGUCUGGGCUGACCUUGCCCUAGCUUAUUCCAGAAGGCCCGCCUCUCUUGACCUUGCAACAGCUCCUGUGGUGAGCGACCGCCAGGGCGAGAGGACAGCAGAAGGGUUUAGUCUAGGAGUGGGUGCUUUUAGGCCGGGUGAGGUUAUAGAAGCUAGGCCGUCCAGCCCGGCUCGGUCAAGGAGCCCGCGGCAGCCCGCAACAGGGGCAGCCCCGAGUGCGCCCAGCCGCGUUAGGACAGUGCCGGCGCCACCGGCUGCAGCAGCAACCCCGGCGCCACCGCCGACAGCUUCUACGAUCUCUCCUCCUGCCGUGCCACCACCACCUGCAGUACCGUCGCCACCGCCAACGGAGGCGCCCACAGCUGAUCCUAAGGGGCCGCCGGCAAUUCCUUCGAAGGCCGCGCCGUCUCCACCGCCACACGGCAGCACCGAACCGCGUUCGCACCCUGAUCAGGGCGCCCACGCCAUUGGGGCAGCCGAUCGCUCGCGUAGUCCCACGGUAGUUAAGCCUAGGGUUAAAGCCCCGCCGCCACUACCCGAGGUACCCAAGCAGUUGCCCUUUAAAGCUGCCCCAACCGAAAGGCUCCAACAACGACAGCUAAGGGAGCAGCAAGCCCAGGCCAGAGCCAGGCUAGAAGAAGCCGCCGCGCAGCGCAGAAGGGAAGAGGCUGCAGCAAAGGCUCCAGUGGCACCUGCGCCCAGGCAAGUGGGGCUGCGCCCAACGAUCUCGAUCGUUUGGGAUUGGCACAAGGUGCUUGACCUCGGCUUGGACCGGGGCAACUGGAGCCCGCGGGUUGUGAGAGCCAUCGGUGAUCUGUGGUCCACCCACAGACCAUUGGUGUUCCACGUGCUCUCCUUCACCGGACGCGGGCAGGCGGCAGCACACCGGUCUGAAGCCCUAGCGGCACUUCCCAGCCUUGAGCGGGAAGCCGGUGUCACCUUUUCGUCCUACAACCAGUGCUUUGAACGCACGGGGUCGGGCGGAAAGGCCGAGUUGUUGCACUCCUUGGGCCCGGUACAGGGGCAGCAGCCAGGCGCCCACUACCUUGUGGACGAUAACCGCGACAUCGUCAAGGAGUCGCGGCGAACGGGCUGCAAGUGCGUCCAGGUCGUGAAGCCGGCGGAUCGGAGGUUCUUUGUUGAACAAGACCUCCUCGACGCGAUCCAGCAGCUCAGCGAGUCGCUCCACUCCUUGGGAGAAGAGCGCACCGGAGCGACUGGAGCAACAAGGCUGGCACAAAGCCAGUACUUGGAGGUUAUCCACCGCUAA